UGUAAAUGUAAACAAUUAUUACUCUCUUACAUUUGUGGUCGGGACUUCAGUUCUUGGCACUUUUUAGCUCUUUACCCUGUUAUAUAAACAGGGCUCGCAUGCUUACCAGGAACAAGAACCGCAAUGUGACACUUCAGGAAAAUAAUGCUCUACAAGAAAGAGGAGCUGUUAUGUCUCCAUGGGAAUUCGGCAUGACAUCCACAGUGACCAGCAGAGUAAAGUAGCAGACCGAACAAUUGUUGUUGAAAGAAGAUUCUGCACUGAUUGAAUAUCAGUCCAUCUUCAAGAAUGGAUUCUGCAAAUGCGGAAGUAAAAUUGGAGGUCAAAGAAGAACCAGAAUAUGUAUAUGUCGAUGAAACAAUUUGUUUGGUGAAACUAGAAGAAAAGGAAUGCAAUACAGCCAGCCUCAAGCAAGAAGGAGAGAGAAUUGUGGCAGAUGUUGGACUUUGUGACGAUCCCCAGAAGCCAUUGCAUGGCACUGGUCAGCGAAAACAAAUCUUCAAAGUGCAGAAGUCGGAUCAACUCCUUGUGGGAACUAAGAGAAAGAUCCUACCAAGGCCACAAAUACAGAUUCAGAAUUUGAAUUUUAGUGCAAAUCCUCUCCCAGUCACACAAGUACAGGUUGUUGCUCAGCAUCAAGCACAAAAGGCAGAGCCAAAGAAGCAACAGGGUUUGACUAUCAAAAAUGUGUCACCAUUGAAAUCACAGUCAAGCCCUUCCAUGGGCCGUAAAAUAUUACCACGACCUCUUUUCCCCAAGAAUAUGGGACAGUUGCAGUCUAACAAAACAAAUAUUCAACAUUCAUUGAAUAAGCCACAGUCCAUUGCUUCAGGUAACACUUGCAAUGUAUUGGCUGUUAAUCCCACUACUGUAAAUGUUUCUCGAACAUUACCCAUACAGAGUCCUGCCCAUGUGCCAACUCAAGUAAAGAAUCAAGCAGCAGUACCAGAAUUCACUUCAACUUGUGCUUCAGGCAUGCAGACUGUGAAACCAACCAAAAAUGGAUGCAUGCAACCAAGAAAGGCUCUUACACCUGGAAGAAAACUUUUGCCACGCCCACAGCAUAGCACCUGUAAUCCAGGAGCCUAUAUCCCUUCACAGCAGAUGCAGUCAGUGUCUGCUCUUCAACAAGUACAGUCUAUUAAUCCUGUUUCAACUUCACAAAAUGUUCCAAGUCAGCAAUUUCAGAGCAUAAAUUCAGCCAACAUUCAGCAAAGUCCAACAACACUUCAGUCUCUUCAAGGCAUUCCACCUAUCAAUGUUCAACAAGCUCUUCCAGUUCAGCAGUUACAAAACAUUCCAACUGUAAGUUCACAGCAGCCUUUGCCUUUGCAGCAGCUGCCAAAUGCACCAUUUGAAAAUUCAACCCAGUCUGUACCAAUACAACAGUUACAGAGCAUUCCGGCUGUAAGCAUGAAUCAGUCUUUGCCAUUACAAUCUCUCCAGGAAGUUGUGACUACUAAUUCACUUCAACCAUUGCAAGCCUUGCCUUCAGCAAAUGCUCAUCAUGGUGUGCCACUUCAGCCUCUACCAAACAUAUCUUCAAAUAUAAUGCCAUCACUUCCAAAGCUUGCACCUGCAAGUAUGCAAACAUCUAUAUCAGUUCAGCCUGUCCCCACUGCAGCUGUACAGCAGCAACUCUCUGUACAGUCUCUUCAAGCCAUUAGUCCUGGAAGUGCAGGACAAGAUAUGCCAGUACAGCGGGUGUGCAGCGUACAUCCUUGUACACGAUCAGCUGUACCUCUUCAGGAAUUGAGAAACAUCACAACAAUCACUACACAAGCAGUGCCUGUUCAGGGGCAGUGUAUUCUUUCUGCUUCUAAGCAGCACAAUAUUCCAAUACAAACAGUACAUCCUGUCAGUACAAUCAAUACAUGUUCUCCACUUCCCAUACAACUCCAGUCUAGUCAGCAGCAGCAGCCCCUUCAACAAAUUCAGCCAAAUCCAAAUGCAGUUCCCCAGCAAGCAGUACCUAUCCAACAGCUUUCUUCAAAUGUUCACACUAGUGGGAAGAGGAAUUUGAACUUCCAGCAGAUUCAGUCAAUGACACAGUCAAAGCAAACCAAGCUUUCAUUACAGCCAGUUUGUCCUGUGACAUCAUCAGGAACUCAUCAUCUUGUUCAGGUGCAUCAUGUUCAAAGUGUUACCCGAGAUGCUAGUCAUCAGGGCAUUCCCAUUCAGCAAAUUAAGACUGUCAGUACCUCUAUGUCAAACAAGCUGAUGUCUUCUCAGAAGUUUCAGCCUGUUGCCCCCAAACUUCAUCAAAGUGAUAUACAACUCAGGCCUGAAGAAACUAACAUAUCAUCUCAGGGCCUCUCACUUCAGCUGAAGUCAGUGGCUCAGGUUGGUUCAAAUUUGAAGUUGCCAUUACCAGCAAUCAGCAAAGGAAUACCAAAUCAAACUUCUCCUCAGAUAGUUCAUAAAAGAAGAUAUCUCACUAGAAGAGCCAAAGCUGUCUGCGGUACAAAACCAAAACGAAAAAUUCUACCUCGUCCCAUUUUGCCAACAGCAAAUGAUAGUACACCAUUGCAUCAGGCAACAACACUGGUCCCUACUAAGAUAAUGACUCAGGAAGUAAUGAAAUCUGCUACUAUCGAAGAAAGUGUCACUGUUUUUGUGCCUCAUGUAGGCUCAUCAGUAGAGAAUAUUUUAUCUCCACUUCAAUCAGCCACUUCUAAUAUGACACAGGAGUGCAUUGCAGUACCCCAAGGUACCACAAUUGAUUCACCAAAGAAACUUUCUCCCUCACAGCAGGAACAUGCUGCCUUCAGUUAUGACAACAGUGUAUCAUUACCUGAACAGCAGAAACUUUUUGUAAAAAACAGUGUUGAGAAUGCUGUUCCAUGUCACGUAUUGAACUCUGAUGGCUCAUCAGAUAAACUUUUUCGUUCAUGUGAUGUGAAAGGAGAAACUUUAGGGGAUUCACAUAUUGAUCUCUCUUUUGAAGCAAAUGGAAAAGCUAACAUUGACUUCUUAGAAUCGUUGGAGCAAAAUCAAGGAGUUUACAGAAAAAAUAAUAGCAAUGCCUUGCCUACAAAAGUAAGUUCUGAUUUAGUAAACACUAGUCCAAACCGGAUUGGAAGUACUAGGUCUCAGACUGCUCAUGUGUAUGGUCUGACUUUUAAAGACUUGUGUGAUGACUCAAGUAUGAGCACUGAAGAAAUAACAGGCCUUCAGGAAAAUAGCUAUUUAUCAUUAAAGUCAGUAGAUAAAUCUGCACAUGCACAAGAAAAAGUAGCUGCUUCAACAAAAACUUCAGAUGUGAUACAAGAAGGUUGGAAAAAUCCCAAUCUGGAAGAUAAUUCCAUAGGACUGUAUGAGUUACAGUAUUCCAGUGAUGAAAACAUAAAAGAGGCUGUCAUCACUUCCCAUGACAGUGAUCCUGUAGCUGAAAGUAACUUCUUGCCAGAAAAGGCUAGUGAUCUGUCCCAGCAGAGCAACAUUAUUUACCAUCAGGAAGAUUCUUUAAGAAUUUCUAAGAAUGAAGUAAUUGCCAAAGACACACAGCUACUCAAUGUAUCAAAGCUUGCAGGUGUUAGUGCUGUUAAUGACCCAUUGAAGCAAGUAAGUUAUAUGAUGGUUAAUGAUGGUGUUCCAGGUACUCAGUUGUUACAGUAUUCAGAUGAUGCCUCCACCAAGGAUGCUACCCUAAUGGAUGUAUCCCAAGGCAACAUUAAUGAUGCUUCUGAUAAUGAAUUACUUAUUCAUUACCAGCCAGUGGCCGCUUUAUGUACAAGCAGUGAAAAGUCACUUAUAAGUGAAGUAUAUGAUAACAAUGUUUAUUAUCAAAAGCCCCAAGAUACCGCUAGUAACUCACUUUCCCAAGGAACAUCUUCCAGCUCCAUCUCACAGGGUAAACAAAGUGCAAUAUUAGUUGCUGAACUUUCCCCAAAAAGUGUGUGCCAAGGGAACAUUCUGUCAGAUGAAGACCCAAUGAGCAGCCAGCAGCUCAACAAAGAACAAGCAGAGCCUUUAGAAAACCACCAGCAAACUGAACAGGAGGGAAGGACACAGACGUGGCUAUCAGAAGGCCAGAGAGGGUUGAAGAGGAAAUGGAACAAAAUCUCCAGUAACGGCCAUUUGCUGAAAAGGGAGAGAUCAACCCCGUCUGUUUCUCAGGGAUUAGUUCGUGAUUAUUGGAAGAAAAACUUCAGGUCCUUCCACAAAUUUCAGCUGCAGAAGCGAAAAGUGCUAGAAAUGAGCUGUUUGAAGCAGAAGAUAGUAAGUCAGGGAAUCAGAAUCAGAUGCUUAGAGCAAGAACUCCAAGAAGAAAAGAAGAAGAAUGAGAUAUUAAGGAGAAAGUUGCUCAAGACAGUCGGCGGCAAAAAGACUGAAGUGAAAGAGAGAGACAACGCUCUCGCUGGAGGGAAACCCCAGCCUCAGACGCAGGAAUCGGCAGGAGGAGGAAUACAUAAAAAAGCGGCAGAAGCUAAACCAGACUUGGAACAGGAGGGAGAUCCAGGCCAGCAGGGCGAGGGGCUGCCAAGCACGGCCAGUCAAGACGACUUGUCAAAGAUGAUUCACGACUUCAUGGCGCAAGAGGACGUGUCGCAACGGUGCCGCGAGGUGGGGCCGGGCGGGAAGGGCCUCCUGAGGGCCCGCCUCCACUUCCUCCAGGUGCUCCACAAACGCUUCCUGGCCGACAGCUGCAGGGUCUGCUCUUUUGAAACGUUCGCCAAGAACAUUCCUGAAAAUGUUGUAAAGUUGAAAGCGGAUGAGAUGAGUGUUUGUGUGUGCUUGACGUGCCAAAAUCCAGAACUGAAGAUUGAAAGCUUGAUCAAAAGACGACUGCUUGCUAUCGACACAGACAUCGAGGAGAUACUGUCUAAUGAUGAGGCCUGGGGCACUUUCAUGGCGACAUUGGGGGCGCUGAGGGCUCGCCAAGCACUGCUGACCUAUAACGCGUGGUUCGUGAAUGACUGUGACAAUGUACAGAAAGAGAAAAGAACUGUCACGAGUUCCCUGGCGGAAGUGAUUGACGUUUUAGAGAGCGAGUUGUGCGCCCUGAAGGUUCACCUUAACCGCACGUGCCAGAUGUACGAAGAAGUGUUUAAGGCAAAGUGUGAAGCAAAGGCCUCGCCGCAUCAUGCAGUUGUUCAGAGCGGCUGGGCACCUCUCAUUCUGUUCCAUUCCGUCAUCACGGGCGGGCCGGCGGAGCCCCAAGGUGCGGUGAACAUGCAGUGCGGAUAUGUCUGGUCCAAGGAGGAAACCACAGGGUUUGCCGUCAUGUCCGACGCCAGAGAUCGAACAGCGGCCGCCGUGAGCGCGAGUCUCGAGAAAGUCCUGGAGAAACUGAUCAAGCAAGGGAUAAGAACCAUUACCUUCGUCACUGACCCUCAGACUCACAUCUCCUAUGUGCGGGAAUAUGCCCGUAGGCGUGGAAUUCAAACCGAGUGGAUCUUCCUCGAUCCUGGGCACGGUCGCACCACCGCAGAAACUGUCGGGCACGCCAUCACGAAUCUCCUGUGCGACAGCAUCAACAGCAGCAAAGUGGGCGGGAUUCGCAGCGCCCGGGACAUGUUCGGCCUCGUAAGUGAGCGCUCCAGCAACCUGAUGCUCCUGUACGGCGAGGAGGACGUCCGGCGCCACGGGAAGCUCUUGGGCACGAACGCGGACGGGCUCACAGGAGACACUGAAGAGAAGUAGCUGCAGUCACUUCGGAUCGAUAUUGAAAAUACUCAGAUUUUUUACUUUAUUCUUUUUAUGUGUAGGGUAAUAUCAACAGAACCAAAGAUAUAGAUAGGUACCUAUAAUGGUACUCAGACCCAGUGAUGAAAUGCAUGUAGGGAUUAGCCUAAGAUGACAUUCGACCAACAGGAAACGCCACGGAGGCAUCAGCCGAAAUGUCGGUGUGCGCGGAAUGCUAACAUCUUACUGGAGACCCGAAGACCCGAGGCGGAAAGUGGGAAAGGCGAUAACUACUCGAUGUUAAUGCGAUUCACCUCUUAGAGCAGGGACUCGGUACUGAGACCCCUAUUUAAGUAACAAAAAUUCAUUUGGUAUAAAACAUUUUAUUACACAUAUACGUAACAUACGAAUUUCAUUUAUAUCGGUUAUUGAUAUUCAUCCUUAAAACGUCACGGAGACAUGUAGUAUGUUUACUGGAAAAUAUUACAUCCAGUUUCCAUUAUAAAUAAGCGCGCGCGCACACACACACAUACACACACACUGUAUAUAUAAAGCGAAUAUAAUAUUUUGUAAUUACGAAAAUCAUUUUGGAGACGCCGCCAGCUUUUGGAACGGCUUGGAGUGUAAGCGUUUUUCGGUGGUUGUGUGAGGAACAUAUUUAUAGUUGGGUGUCAAGUCCUCUCUUGUACAUAUUAAUCUGUACAAAAUAUACUUUCUGUUACCUGAUUUUAGAGUAAAUGAUCUUAGCAUGUUAUGAUGUUUAGCGAAGUUGACAAAAGAAGUCUGUACAGUAUGGAUGGAUUUUAUCAGAAAUUCCAUGAGGGCAUGAGGAGGAGGAAUAACGGAAGUUCUAGUCCUGCUGUUGCAAGUAUUAGCGUCGGCAAAUGAGGUAGUUGAGUCCUGUGAUAACUCUAUUGCUCUACUACAGGCAUCGUAGUACCUAUAGAAGGGUAUAUAUUUUUGUAAAGAAUGUUGUAAUUACAUAUAUAUGUGACUAA